UUCAGACUUUUUCUAACCCGCGUGUGCUGGAGUGACUCUUCGACAAUGUCCUCGCCGGGAAGCAACAGUUGGACUGAAAGCCAUAAGCACUAAUCCGGCGUAGUAAUACCCGUCUUUGACAAUAAUUCCGCUGCGGUGGCAUGUGAUUCCACUCCAAGACAUUCAUUCAUGCACGAGUGCUUCCUGCGCACGAGUGCAGCCGUAGGAAGCUAGAACUUUCUAUUAUUGAUUAUAGCGGAGUGUUUGAUUGGACCUGGAUGACACAGAGAAACAUCAAGGAGGUCGACGGGCGGACGACAGACUAAAAGGAGGAGAGUGAGGGAGUCCCAGCACCAGAGAGGUAAAGGGAGGAGGGGGUCUUCCCUUUCUCUCUCUCCACCCGUCUCGUCGCCAGGCUGGCAGGCCCCGCCAUGGCAUUCACCUUUGCGGCCUUCUGCUACAUGCUGACCUUGGUGCUGUGCGCCGCCCUCAUCUUCUUUGUCAUCUGGCAGAUUAUUGCGUUUGAUGAGCUGCGCACGGACUUCAAAAACCCCAUCGAUCAGAGCAAUCCCACCAGAGCGAGGGAAAGGAUUCUCAAUAUCGAGCGAAUCUGCAACCUUCUCCGCAGAUUGGUGGUGCCAGAGUAUUCAAUCCAUGGGCUCUUUUGCCUGAUGUUCAUGUGUGCUGGAGAGUGGGUCACACUUGGCCUAAAUAUCCCGCUCCUCUUCUACCAUCUGUGGAGGUUUUUCCAUCGACCGGCGGAUGGGUCAGAGGUCAUGUACGAUCCUGUAAGUGUGAUGAACGCCGACAUCCUCAACUACUGCCAGAAGGAGUCCUGGUGUAAGCUGGGCUUUUAUCUGCUCUCUUUCUUCUAUUAUCUCUACAGCAUGGUCUAUGCCCUGGUGAGCUUCUAACAAGCUCAUGCUGAGACCGAGGUACAACAUCCGAAAGGAAAGAACCUUCCCACCAGUGGCUUGGGUUUUCCAAGGUCUUAUUUUGGAAUACAAAACAAAAACAAG